UUGGUCUGCACGUUACAUAUUACAUUUAGUCAUUAAGAACAUCCACAAUUCGUAUAAUCAGUUGGAUUAUAAACUCAUCAGGUACUAACAGCAAUAGUUCCGACAGCAUUUGAAGGCAAAAUAAGUCUCUGGAGGCAGGGGACACGCCCCUGUCUACUGAGGAGAGAAGACCCAUCCGCUAGACACAUCUCGUCUCCUAUUGGUCUGUUUUACCGUUGCUCAGAUUCAAGCGGCUCCUGAUUGGCUGCUGCCGGACUGUCGGCGUUAAAGCAUCUGAGGCUCGUGCUGUGCCAGCUGUCCUCCCGCACUCGGCUAGUGCUGGGCAACGGUGUGAGUCUCCUGCUGAGGAGGAUCUGAGAAUCUGGAAGAAAAAGGGACUAUGGCUGCCAACGUGGGGUCGAUGCGUAUCCUCAUUAAAGGAGGGAAGGUGGUCAAUGAUGACUUCACCCAGGAAGCAGAUGUCUACAUUGAGAACGGCAUCAUUCAGCAGGUUGGAAAGGAACUGAUGAUACCAGGCGGAGCCAAGGUGAUUGAUGCCUCUGGAAAGCUGGUGUUGCCGGGUGGAAUAGACACCAGCGUGCACCUGCAGCAGACUUUCAUGAACGCCAGCAUUCAGGAUGACUUCUACAGUGGGACAAAGGCCGCACUGAUGGGUGGUACCACCAUGGUGAUGGCUCUGGCCCUGCCUGAACAACACUGCUCCCUGCUGGACACCUACGAGAAGUGCCGAGCUCUGGCCGACGCCAAGGCGUGCUGCGACUACGCUCUGCAUGUCGGGGUGACUUGGUGGGGGCCGAAGGUCCGUAGCGAGAUGGAGACCCUGGUGAGAGAGCAUGGAGUGAACUCUUUCCAGAUAUACAUGGCAUACAAAGAUAUGAUGAUGCUAAGAGACUCUGAGCUCUACCAGACGCUGCAGACCUGUAAGGACAUCGGGGCCAUCGCUCGCGUCCACGCUGAGAACGGAGAGCUGGUGGCAGAGGGUGCCAAAGAGGCUCUGGAUUUGGGCAUCAGUGGACCGGAGGGCAUUGAGAUCAGUCGACCAGAGGAGCUGGAGUCUGAGGCUACUCACAGAGCUGUUACUAUCGCCAACAGGGCUCACUGCCCGAUCUACCUGGUGAAUGUGUCCAGUAUUUCUGCUGGAGACAUGAUUGCUGCUGCUAAGAUGCAAGGCAAGGUGGUCCACGCAGAGACCACGGUAGCUCACGCUGUGCUGAACGGGAUGCACUAUUACCACCAGGAAUGGGCUCACGCUGCCGCCCACGUCAUCGUCCCUCCUCUCCGUCUCGACCCCAACACACCUAGCUACCUCAUGGGCCUGCUGGGCAAUGACUCUCUGAGUGUCGUAGCAUCAGAGCACCGUCCGUUUAGCACCAAGCAGAGAGCUUUGGGCAAGGAGGACUUCACAAAGAUCCCUCAUGGAAUGUCUGGAGUCCAGGACAGGAUGAGUGUCAUUUGGGAGAGGGGAGUGGUUACAGGAAAAAUGGAUGAGAAUCGCUUUGUGGCAGUGACGAGCUCUAACGCUGCAAAGAUCUACAACCUGUAUCCACGCAAGGGUCGUAUCAUCCCCGGGGCUGAUGCUGAUUUGGUGGUCUGGGACCCGGACGCAACGAGAACGAUCUCUGUGAGCACUCAGGUGCAGGGCGGAGACUUCAACCUGUACGAGGGGAUGCGUUGCCAUGGUGUUCCUCUGGUCACCAUCAGCCGAGGGCGUUUGGUAUGUGAGAACGGCGUGUUCAUGUGUGCCGAGGGAUCCGGAAAGUUCUACCCUCAGCGCACCUUCCCUGACUACCUCUACAAGAAGAUGGUGCAGAGAGAAAAGACUCAGACUUAUAAAAGGGUUGACAGGGAUCCCUACUCCGGUGAUGUGGCCAAGGUGGCAAACACUAUGAAGAAGGAGCUCGGUUUGGGCCACAUAGACGGGGAGGCGUCUAACAAAGCCUGUCCUCGCGCGCACCAGGGAGUCCGAGACCUCCACGAGUCCUCCUUUAGCCUCUCAGGUUCUCAGGUCGAUGACCACAUCCCCAAGAGGUCCUCGGCCCGGAUCCUGGCCCCUCCUGGCGGUCGCUCAAGCGGUAUCUGGUAAUCGCUGCUGCCGGAGCUUCACCCGUCCGAGCCUCCUUGUUUUGUAUGAUUCUGCGCAACCAGGAAAACUGCACUGAUUUUCAAUCACAGGACUAAAGUAAAGAGAGGAAAAUAAAUUGAAGCACGCUGAUGAUCAGUGAUUUGCCAAAGUGACUUUUUACAAAUCUAAUUUGUGUCUUAAUUGGAGUGACUGACCUGAGUAAUAACGCGAGAGUGAAGGGCUACCUAUGAAUUUAAAAUGUUUUGCCAAAUUCAAGCUGAUCAUACUAACAUUGACAAAGUCUGCUCAUUAUCACCCUGCUCGUAUCCCGCGAAGAAACGCAAACUAAACAAACUGUGAAAGAUCAAAACCAGUACAGUUUUUGAUGGUUUGACCUGAAGUAAUGUCGACUGAAUUAUUUAAAAAAUAGUGGAACUGGAUUCAGUGAAAUAUCUAUUAUACCCCCUGUCAUACACACACACACACACACACACACACACACACACACACACAUAUCCAGUACACUGUAGACACCAUAGCUUUAGACUCAUAUGCAGAUGUGUGUGGAUUCUGUUUGUGAUUAAACACCCGCUGUGCUCGGCUUCCUGCAGCACCGUGGGUUCCUCUAACAGUGUUUUUAUUUCCAAUGGGUGAACUGUGCUGUGUGGUGAUGACAUCCAACUGCUUCAAACACUGUGUGAUUUUACAGCUACACUCUGUAAAUAGAGUCAGACCUGACCCUAUCCAUCCUUAUAUUUUCACUGCCUCUGACUGAAACAACACAUAUCCCAGAAACAUCCUGCCUCACCUGCAAUGGCGCAGGGUCUAUAGACUUAGACUCUAUAGACUAUAGACAGAAUUAUACAACCUGUGGCCUGCUCUGGGAUUAUAACUGGUCCCAAAACAGCUAAAUGUAGUCCUUUCUGUCAUGGAAGCGUGGUAUUUAUAGAUCUUGCCAAGUACUACUGUAGAAGACUGAAGAGAAGUUGGUUUCUUGAAGGGAAGAGUAAGUGAUUUAAGGUUUACAGUGGGGAUAACAAGAAGGAAAAGCUUUCUGUUUCUUUGCUGCUGAUAAUACAGAAUGCUUGAUUUACAUCAAUAAAGUUGAAUGCAGUGCCUUCUCAUACACUGGAGAGAUCACUUGGAGCUUUCUGAGUGAAAACAGGAGCUGCUAAAAAACACCAGGGGCCUCAUUUGUCAAAAUGUGCAUAAAACAAGCUUAAAUCCGUGCGUAAUAGAUUUCCCAUAAGCAUAAGAAAGAUUUAAUUCAACUAAAAUGAUCGUGAACAGGCUAAUUUACAUAAAGAAAAAGUGUUGUAUCCUCAAUAACAGCUCCACGAAGCGUUUGAGUGUCUUUCCGCUUAUUGUUUUGCUUUUACAGCCCACAGCUUUACUGUUUCCUAAACUCACCGUACGUACACCGAGCCCUUCCAGCACCAAUCGACAGACAGACGGACAAAGUUAGCAACUAGCCAGUGAAGAAAGUGGAAUAUUUAGCAGCUAAGGAGAUGAAGAGGAGUUUCCCUCAGGUCCUGGUGGAGGCCGAAACAGCGUUAGGAGAGUGAAAAUAGGACUUUGAUUAACAAGUCGCCGUUAAUGCAGCUUUAAUGACAGACUAUUGACUAUUUGAAGGACUAUUUGAAAAAUGUAGCAACUAAAGAAAGAAAAGGACAAACAUCAGAGACAAUGGGGUUGAGAUAUGGCUAAAUACAGUUCAACAAAACCAGAAGGUUUUAUUUGGUACUUUCAAGUGGCUUGUCCAUAAGACUUUCAUUUAAGAGCAACAACAUUGUUAGGUUUAAUUUAAGUAUGUAUGUUACGUUUACAGUUUAUGUACAAAAUUGUCCGUACGCACAGUUGAUAAAUGAGGCCCCAGAUUGUGCAUAGAGGGCCCCGAAAGUUACCGUAAUAAAUGACAUGAUGAUGUUUUUUGAAAGUAAACUUCCUGUUUGUAGAAAAACAAAAGGGAUUUAUUGUUCUAAGAGCAGUGACUCCACAGAGCAGGAAGAUUGAGUUGCACAGUCUGAAGAAAAACCCACUGAUCCUUUCACUUCCUGAUGAUGUCUCAUUCCUGCCUAUCAGUAUUAUAUUUAUACAUGAUCACGUCUUCUCGUCUGUGAACUAUAUAUUUAGGAUGUUUGUUUGUUUGGUUUUUUAGCUGAAAGAGUAAAUGUGCCAAUGUGAAUCACCCGUGCAACACCCACACCCAUGCAUGAAGAGCACCCCAUGGAGACGGAGGAGUUAAAUCUCUCCACAGGCUCACAACAACUGGUGCUGUUUUUUUACUAUUGCCUACGACAACGUUAUUUAACUGUUGGAUGGUUUUGUUGUUUUGAAGGCACUGUGACUGGUUGUGUGUUUGUAGAUUCUUGUUGUGUUGGACAGUGAAACUGUUGAAUCUGUAAGUGGCUGCUUGUUUCUUACCACAUGUUAACAGCAAAAUAAAAUAAUAAUACAAAUAUCAA